AUGGCCGCGGUCCGCAGCUCGCUGCGCAGCCGGGGCUCGUCCUCCACGUCGGCGAGCGACCCCAAGGAGCGCGUGAAUACCUGCUGCCGCAAGCUGGUUGCCUUCAUGUGCACGCAGGUCGGCGUGGGCGGCCUCGUCGUCGGCUACGCCAUCGUGGGCGCCGUCGGCUUCGGCUUCCUCGAGUCGACGUGGGAGAACCCGCAGGACCUCGUGGUGCGUCGGCUGCAGGCGGACUGCACGCGCGCCCUCGUCGACGUGGCCUUCUCCGUCAACGAGUUCAACGAGACGCGGUGGCGCGCCGAGGCGAACCUCGCGCUGCGCCGCUUCCAGGCGGGGCUCGCGCAGGCCGUCAAGGACGGCUACAACGGGCUCAGCUCGGAGGAGAUGUGGACCUUCCCCGCGGCGCUCAUGUUCUGCCUGGCCGUGUUCACGAUGAUCGGCUACGGCAACCUGGUGCCUCGCACGCAGUGGGGGAAGGUGGCCACCGUCGUGUACGCGGUGUUUGGCAUCCCGCUCUACGUGCUCUACUUCAUGAACAUGGGGAAGGUGCUGGCGACCACGUUCCGCUGGCUCUACCGCCGCCUGUACGAGUGCAGCAGCGACGCGCGCGACCUGGGCGACUCGGACGAGGAGGUGGGGCUGCCGUCCUCGGCGCCCAGGAUCAUCGUCCCGUCCACCGCCUGCCUCUGGGUCAUCGGCGGCUACGUCGUCACCGGCACCGUCAUGUUCGCCAUGUGGGAGGAGUGGGGCUACCUGGAUAGCACCUACUUCUGCGUGACGAGUCUCUGCAAGAUCGGCAUCGGCGACUUCGUGCCGGGCGCCAACAUCAUCGAGUACCGCAGCGGCAGCCACCUGAAGCUGGUCAUCAACUUCGUGUACCUGCUGGUCGGCAUGGGGCUCGUGGCGAUGUGCUACAACCUGAUGCGUGAGGACGUGAAGGAGAAAGUGCGCGACGUCAAGGCAGACAUGCUGCAGUGGCUGGAGGACAUGCGCCUCAGGGUCGUGUCCUGUUGCUGCCGUUGAAGCGCAACUGCUAGGGUUUGGACUACCGUUUUACGGUAUCUUUGACCGUCGGGCCAGACACCACCACUAUGCUCAUGCUUGAGGGACCAGCCUGCUGAUUGGUUGCAGCUUGUGUUGGAUCACCUUCUCUGUUCAUCACUGAUCCACGUGGGAUUCGCACUAGUGACGGUUAAAUGAUGAUCAUUAACUUGAGGUCUUCUAGUCCGUAUCAGAUUAACAACCACCCUAAUACGUAAUUAUUCUCAGGCUAAGUUACUAUCUUUGCAAACAGUUUAUUGCUAGUAGCUUGUUAAAUCACAUGUACUUGUGUUCUUCUGUUACUCGCUAUCUGCUGCCGAUAAUGUGAUGAGCGUCGAAACCAAUGACUGUCAUAUUUGAAACGUUUGUGUCGCUGUAAAGAUUGCAGUGUCGCAUCUGAAAAUAUUGUGACACCUGCUUUAAAAAUAUACUAAAUAAAUAAAUGACUUCUGUACAACUAUUUUUGAUUGAAAAAACUUUACUAACUGCGACUAGCACCAUGUAGUGACAGAUGUUUUGCCCUAUGCACAUGUUUCCGUCUGCUGGUCGUCAUUAAUUCAUUCGACGAUGACUUUUUCACGUGUUCAGUUUGUGUGCUAUUCUAAUAAGGCUGAGUAUCACCAAAAUCGAUAAAGAACUGGUAUAAAAAAAAACAAUUUUACUGGGAUAAAAAUUUUGAUUUUUAAUUUGAUAAAGUGUGCAUAUUUCACUAUGACUUGUCCAAGAUAUUUUAUAAUGCAUUUUGUAAUACACUUAAAUAAUAAUUAAAUUUUACAAAUUUCAAGCA